UCUACCCCGGAAGUGGUCGGGCUCCGGAGCCCAGAGCUUCCGGGGUGGGAGGGGGUGGCUGAGGUGACCCCAGGAGCCGAGGCUAAGUCUGAGGCUGAGGCCUCAGAGGCAGUAGCAACAAUGGGUGCACACCUGACUCGGCGCUACUUGGGGGACGCGGAGGUGGAGCCCGACCCGUUGCACGUGCCCACUUUUCCCCUGGAUUAUGGCCUCCAGGGACGCAAGGAACGAGUGAUGGUGGCCACACAGCAGGAAAUGAGUGAUGCACAGCUGCUACUGCAACAACGGGAUUACUGCGCACACCAUCUCAUCCGAAUGCUCAAGUGUAAGCGGGACAGCUUUCCCAACUUCCUGGCCUGUGGCCAUGAGAAACACAUCUGGGACCUCUGUGAGCACCAGGACUAUGUAGGCCGAAUGAAAGAGUUUGAGCGGGAACGACGUCUGCUGGCACGACAGAAGCGACGGGCAGAGAGUGAAGCUGCAGAGCCAAAAUAGCCACAAUUAUACUGAAACCCCAGGUCUAUCCCCAUAACCAUGUACCAGCUGGAUAAAUAAACACUGUUUUGACCUUCCAGGCCCACUCAAAGGCCUGUGUUUGCCAUCACAAGCACCUCUCAUUUGGAUACUGGGGGCCUCAGGUCUUUCCUGACUAGCUCCCACCCCUAACCUUCCUCUCCCCAGCAGGCUUCUUCUGAUGCCUGAGACGUUUUGGAAGGAGGCAGAGUAUAGACACAUAGGGUACGGAUGGCCCCUGAAGCCUGAGUUCUCCUUAAGGACUGUCCUGAACUUUACAAGGUUUCUCUACUUUCAGCUAUACCAUGAUUAGUGGAGCACUGCAGCCAGCAUCCAUGUUUAUAUUAACUUCCUCAAGCUGGGUAGGCAUCCCAAUGUUUAUUUUCCAUAAUAUACCAAGAAAAGGCCUUCCCAUCCUGGAUGAGGCUUCUGUAUAAAUUUUAUGUAAAGAUAUAGACUGCAGUUACACAAGAUUAGGUCUAUGUAAGUGCCCACAAUAAUUAAGCCAUUAAAGUAUAAUUCACCAAG